GACUACUACUGCCCUCAAGUUUCAAUUUAGGAUAUGAGUGUAUUUUUUCUUAAGUAAUUGUCGAUCAUUGUUUAUUUACAAAAUUAUUUAUAAAAUUGUGUUCUAUAAUGAGUGAAAUUGAAUGGCCUUGGCAAUACAGCUUUCCUCCUUUCUUUACACUUCAACCCCAUGCUGACACAAAAGAAAAACAAUUAUCAGCAUGGACCACUUUAGUUUUGGAUUACUAUAAAGCAACAAAACAAGCAAUAUUGGAUAUUAGAGAGAUUCAUUCUAGUCCACUAUUCAACAAUGCUUCAAUAAAAAGAAAGCUACCAGCAGAAGUCGUAUUGAUAAUUUUAGAAAGUUUAUAUAAGUCCGGAAAUGCAGCUCCUUUAGAUAAAUCAAAACAACGGUGGUUAAUUUAUUGGCAUACGUUAGAAGAAUGGGCAGAUAUUAUUUAUAAUUGGGUACAAAACAAUGGAUUCACUGGAACAGUGUGUACACUGUUUGAAUUAACUCAGGGAGAAAAUAUUGUGGAUGAAGAAUUUUAUGGGCUGGAUACAGAAAUUCUGGUGAAAUCACUGAAAAUAUUAGAAUCACAAGGUAAAGCAGAAUUAAUCAUUUUCGACGAUAAUCAGGGUGUUAAAUUUUUUUAACAAUCAAAUUAAUAUAUAAUAAAAUAUAGUAUAUGAUAACAUUUUAUUAAUACAUUUAAAUAGUAUUUAUUUUUAAAACAA